AUGACACUGAAGAAUUUUACUGAAGGUGAAAACCAGAAAACAAUCGUAGUACUAUCCUGCUCUGCGGAAUUUACUGCGGAGGUACAAGGCGAAUUGAUCUUUCUGUCAAUUGUAAACAUCCUUCUGUCGAUUACAGCAGUUCUGGGAAACACUCUGAUCUUAGUUGCUUUACACAAAGAAACUUCACUUCACCCGCCGUCCAAACUCCUGUAUCGUAACCUAGCCGUAACUGAUUUCUGUGUUGGUACCAUUGCGGAGCCUCUCCAUGUUGCCUAUUGGAUUUCUGUGGUGGCGGGAAAAUUGGUUAUUUGUUAUCUGGCUCAUUUGAUGGUUACCCAGUUGGCAGCUUAUACCUUUUGUGGAGUGUCUUUAUUAACACUGACUGCAAUAAGUGUGGACAGACUUCUCGCCUUGAUACUGGGGCUCAGAUACAGACAAGUUGUAACUGUGAAAAAGACAUACAUAGCUAUACUUGCCUUCUGGAUUUUUUUUCUGUUGUUGGCGUACCAGCUUCAACAGCUAUACGAGAGUAUGUUCACUACAUAGGUACAGCGCUGUGCUUAGCCAUCACAAUCGUCGCUUACUCAAAGAUUUUGUUCCGUCUGCGCCACAACCAAAUUCAUCGGAUCCACCCCUUAAAAGGAGAAAGCCAAGCAAUUCAAAUGAACUUAGUUCGAUACAGAAAGGCAGUGUACAGUGUACUGUGGGUGCAGGCAGCAUUGGUCGUUUGUUAUCUGCCACUUAUCAUAGCGACAGCUUUCAUACAUCAAAGAAGGAUGCAUUUAUCCUCUUUCCUUGCUUGGCAAUUUACAAUUAUUUUAGUAUAAUUAUUUAAACUCAUCACUGAACCCCUUUAUUUAUUGCUGGAAGAUCAAAGAAGUGAAAUUAGCUGUGAAAGAAACAUUAAGGCGACCUCGUCCGUCGAUGGAGCGGUUAGUUUACCAUGGUCUACUGUGCAUGCUUUUUAGCUAUAAAUUCAUUCCAAACCAAAACUUGCUUUACGGAAAAAUCCUCCCCGAAAAGAAAUGAACGGUUUUAGUUGAAUCAUCUUUUAUACAAGCGACCAUUACGAUAUACACAAUCAUAAACUCCAGUAAAAUGGGGAAAGCCGCAAGAAGAAUUUAUUUCGCUGGAGAAUUUCAGUUUUGUGUUCAGGCCAGCGGUAUUUCACGUGACUCAGUUAGUGGCUUAAUUUACAAAUUAAUUUUGUUGUGUUACAAAAAACACCCACGUGUAAGAACCUAGUGGUUUAAAAACCUGCUGGCAGAAAUUGUCCACUUUAAUUUUCCCAAACAUAAAAGAACCUGUUUAGCCAAGCAAAAUCAAACCGGUUCUUAUAUGUGGGUUAAAGUUCAAUCAUUGCUUUCGAGGUACGAGAACGCAACCCCUAAUUUCUGUUGGGUGUCCUGUGCAAUUGAUAAGAGAGGUUUUUUCGAAAUUGCAUUUGUGUCGACACACAUUUGCCUCGCUUUGAGGCGCUUGCUUACGUGGUGAUUCGUGUGUCCUCGGCGUUCAUCUUUCAAACGUUUGCUGAGGUCUGUUUUUCUGUCUUCUUAAAGCGUUCAUCUUUUAAAAGCCGGUGCUGAUUCAUCGUAAAGCUUACAUAUUUAAGAGUUUGCUGAAGGUCUACUAUCGAUCUGUGUUUAAUGAUUCUUCCAAAGCGUUCAUCUUUCAAAAGUUUGCUGAAAGUUUACACCCUGAGUGAAAUUUUACUUUGGAUUAACUUCAUAUUUUUCUUUGGAAAAUGCGUGCGACUCCUGGUGCAUGCAUCAAAUCGGGUUGUUUAGCUCGGCGUCCGUUGUGCCACAAAGUAAAUCUACUGAGUUGUGUAGCUAGGCGCCCGUAGUGCCACAGAGUAAAUCUACUGAGUUGUGUAGCUCGGCGGCUGUUACUCUACAAAGUAAAUCUACCGAGAUGUGAAGCUCGGCGGCGCCUUUUCAUCACUGGACUAAAUUCUAUGAUAUAUAUUAUUUACAUUUUAUUACCUUGUUUUCCAUUAUAUUUCGUCGUUUUUGCUCUGUGUUUAAUAAAACUACAUGGCUCUCAGCCAAUCCUCAGAUUUAAGAAUUUUUUUUUUCGUGUCUAUUAUUAUGAUGAAAAACAAGUUACAUUCAAAUAAUUCCCUAAGCUCUGAAACUGUUUCGGUCUCAGUUUAAUUUCAGUGUAUUUUUUUGCCAGAAAAAAAAUACAUAUGCAUACAGACAUUCAAUCUAUUACAAAAACUUUAUUUAAAGAUUAAAGAGAGGUAAAUUGCAUAUAAAAGAAUUUGGAAAAAAUUUUCUGGCGUUGAAGCUCAAAUGGAAACCUUGGGGCUUAUUAUAUGAGCUCUCUCCCUAAACUAAGACUAUACAUAAUGAAUAAAUAAACGGCAAAGUCAUACUGAAAUAUAAUUAGGAUAAAAAGAAGGCAAAACAAAACGGACAAAACAGACAAAAUGCAGCAAAAAACAAGUAUUAUUUACAAAUGAUUAAUCAACUAAGAAGAAAUGUUUUUAAUCUGGAUUUAAAAAGAGAAAUAGUAGCAGCAAAAACGAACGUAAAGCAUUUUUUUUCUCUUUAAUUCCCAUCUCGUAAGUAUAUGGUACAAACUGACCCAGACAUAAUUUAGCCCAUUUUUUGAACAUGUGUAUAACUGUUAAGACUUCCUGGCUGGGAUGAAGAGAUUAAUAGUACAUUAAUAAAAAGCCUCUUUCAAUCAAUUUGAAUCUUUGUUCUACAGAUGUAUCGAUCAAGACUCGGUUAAUAAACUUUGUAUCACUGAUCCUGACAGUUUAGUUCGUUUUCUAAAAACCAGACAAUUGUGCUAUUUGUUUUGCCAAUUACACGGCAGCAACAAGAUUGCCAAUAACUCUGUAGUUUAAUAAAAUGAAAAUACAGCCCAAAUAUCUAAUUGUUUUGUGACAUGAAGAAGCUAUCACAUAAGGAAAACAGAUGUAUUAAAAAAAGGUUCGUUUGAACGUAGUUGCUCCGGAGAAAAGUCAAGGUAAUGACAAACCACCAAACAAUUAGAAAACUGUAUUGUUCUGCAAAAAUUCACUGGAGAGUCGAGGAGAGGUACAUGGCGAGCUAAUUUCUCUCUAAGACAAAAGAGGAUAGCUAAAUAUGAUGGUGAAUGAUGGUACAAGUUCCAUGUUAAUAUUUUGGGUUCACUAUACUCAAUCGAAAUGAACGUCACCAUGGCGUUUUUAAUUUUAAAUGUUUUACCUUUCAUAUAAUAGAUCCGAAUUGAACGCGCCGGGAGAUGAUGUGAACGAGGGAAAUACAUUUAAAAAGAGAUUUAAAUGAAGAUAUAAUCUUGACGUAGUGAAAUAGCAAUUUAAGCAAUUGCAAAUAAACCGUCCAAAAUGUUAAAGUUAUAGCCCACAAAGUUUGACAUGUUUGGGGAUAUACUCGUUUAAGACUUCCUCUUCUAAAGAAAAUAUGGCCAAUUUAGCCUGGUAUCCAUGUGAACGUCAGUUAGAGUUGACGAAAAACGGCACAAGCAAUUUGAAGCUACAAAAUACGGAAACACUUUAAUAUAAGCCCCACCAGUAACAGGCUCGCCAAUAUAAGCUCCCCUCUAACUUGCAUUGAAAUGAAAAUGAUUUAUUAUGAUAUUUUGAAGCUUUUACCAGUAACUGCAAAACAUAUUUAAAUCAGCACUGCGUUAGCUUGUUUCGAACAGCUUUUUCCAAUUCCGUUAUAAUCCCCCUCGGAUAUAAGCCCCUCUGUUUAAUUUAUCAAGAGCCCUUCUAAAAACCCUUACAAAGAUGUAUAAUCCCAGGGCUUUUAAGCGGCAGUUUACGGCACCGCAUAUCAUAUGUUCGCCGGCUCACAAACUUAACACCUCCGUUAGCAAAAUUUUCUCGUUCUUGCUCUCACUAUGUUUACUAAAACUGCUAGUGAUUGCUCUCAGCUAAUCGUCGAAUACAAUUUUUUUUUUCAUGACUGAUUUUUAUGUGAUAAAAACAGGUUACAUUCUAAUUUCUUAAGCUCGAACGAACGUUUCAUUUUCUUUAAUUCCCAUCUCGUAAAUGGCCCAGACUUUCGAGCCCAUUAUUUGAACAGUUUGUACAUUGUUACUGAGACCUCACUGCCUGCGAUGACAUUAUGAGCGCGUCAGUUUAACUUCUAGCAAUUGACGAAAACCGUUUUUUACUCAGUUUGAAUAUAUCGAUCAAGACUUGGUUAAUAGACUUUUUAUUACUAACAGUUUAACUCGUUUUCUAAGAGCCAGGCAAUUGUGCUAUUUGCUCGCUAAUCGCACGGCAACACAAACGCAACACCAAGAUUGUCUAAUUCCAUCGUUUAAUAAACUGAAAAUACAGAGCAAAUAUUUAAUUGUUUACUGACAAGGUACAUGUAGCAGUCAUAUAAGGAGGACAGAUAUAUUAAAAAAGAGUUCAGUUGAUUGUAGCCGCAUCGCAGAAGAGUCAUGGAAAUGAAAAAUUUUACUGGAGGUGAAAGCCCACAAACAAGUGCAGAACUUCACUGCUCUGUGGAAUUUACUGGAGAGGUACAUGGCGAGCUCGUUUUUCUCUCUGUCGUUAACACUUGUUUGUCCAUUACAGCAUUUUUGGGGAAUACUCUGAUCCUAGUUGCCCUUCACAAGGACACAUCAAUUCAUCCGCCAUCCAAACUCCUGUAUCGUAACCUAGCGAUAACCGAUCUUUGUGUUGGUAUCAUAGCCGAGCCUCUACAGGUUGCAUACUGGAUAUCUGUGGUGAACAGAAGAUGGGAUAUUUGCUAUUACGCAAAUUUGACAGUAUAUUUCGCAGGUGUUACUUUGUGUUCAGUGUCGUUGACAACACUGACUACAAUAAGCGUGGACAGACUUCUCGCUUUGCUACUGGGUCUCAGAUACAGACAAGUUGUAACUUUGAAAAGAACACGUUUAAUUGCUAUUGGUGGUUGGAUUGUGUCUAUUGUCGGUGUAUCUAUCUCCUUUCUGAAUCCUCUUAUAAGUUCUUUGUACCGAUAUAUUGGUGCAGCUUUUUGUUUAGUUACUACUAUCUGUGCCUACACAAAAAUUUUCAUGUCUCUACGUCAUAACCAAAUUCAUGUUCAGAACCAUGUUGUUCAAGGGCAAUCGAGCCAAGUAAAUACACUGAAAAAAGCUCGAUACAGAAAGGCAGUGUACAGUGCACUGUGGGUGCAGGUAACAUUGGUUAUUUGUUAUCUGCCGUACGGUAUAGCUGUAGCUUUAACACCUCAGAGGAGGAUGCCCUUAUCUACUUACCUUGCUUUGCAAUUUGCAGCUACUUUAGUGUUUUUAAACUCGUCGUUAAACCCGUUUCUGUACUGCUGGAAAAUCACAGAAGUGAGACAAGCUGUAAAAGAAACAUUACAACAACUACACUUCUGUCCCUGA